CCCGAUUGACCGUGGUGGUGGAGAGGGAAAAGCCAUGUACAUCGACACGGAGGGGACCUUCCGUCCGGAGCGGCUCCUGGCUGUGGCUGAAAGGUAUGGCUUGUCUGGCAGUGACGUCCUGGACAACGUGGCCUAUGCCCGGGGCUUCAACACGGACCACCAGACCCAGCUGCUGUAUCAGGCCUCGGCCAUGAUGGCUGAGUCACGGUACGCGCUGCUGAUCGUGGACAGCGCCACAGCCCUGUACCGCACGGAUUACUCGGGAAGGGGGGAGCUCUCGACCAGGCAGAUGCACCUGGCCAGGUUCCUGCGGAUGCUGCUGCGCCUGGCGGAUGAGUUCGGCGUGGCCGUGGUCAUCACCAAACAGGUGGUGGCACAGGUGGACGGAGCCGCCAUGUUCGCUGCAGAUCCCAAAAAACCCAUCGGAGGGAAUAUCAUCGCUCAUGCUUCCACCACCAGAUUGUACCUGCGGAAAGGCUGAGGAGAGACCAGGAUCUGUAAAAUCUACGACUCUCCGUGUCUUCCCGAGGCUGAGGCCAUGUUUGCUAUCAAUGCCGACGGAGUGGGAGAUGCUAAAGAGUGAAAAGUGCUUUUUUCCCCCUGAAUCCCAAGACUGUGUCCAUAAGGGGCUCCCUUCUGUGUGGCACCUUAUGGACAUUCCCCAAGGCAGCUGGCAGAGGAACCUGUUGUGUGUCAGGGUGUGUCCAUCGGGACACCCGGAGGGGUUGGGAAGACAUCUCCCACUGGGCUGUAGUCACAGAUUGGAUCCAUGUGGUGCCCUGAGAACAUUCCCAGAGGAUCACACCCUUUGUGUUUUCCUGGCUUCCACCAUGCAUGUGGGGCAGUAAAAUCUACGUGGCCACAGUUCUGAACUUGGUGAAUUUGAACUAAAGUUGGUGGGUUUGUCCUGUAAGAAAAGUGGUGAUUUAUAAAACCGAGCAGAGUGAUAUUCCACACUAGGGAUUUGGGAUUGGUGAUGAUCCCAGUCCAUAAUCUUUCUGUUCAUUUUCUUUUGGAUGCUGCAACCUGCUGGUCUGGGGGAACUGUUCAUUCCCAUUUCAGUUUAAUUUUCAGUAAUUCAUUAAUUCUCUGUGGAAAUCUGCUUUUAAUAAAAAGGACCAUGAGGAUAUUGAUGACAUCACAUGUUCCUAGGACUCAGGUGGGUGUUCAUGCAGACCAAGGAUUUUUUUGGAUGGAAGAAGCUGCACCAAUCUCCAAGGAAUCUCAGUCUGGGUUUUUCUUUUCUCCUAAUUCUCCUUGGUUUAGGGGUGCAGUGCAGCCAUGCCCUGUCUAUCUCUUUUAAGAGUUUUUGGGGCUAAAAAUGUUCUUUUGUAUUCUGCGAUAUUUAUAUAUCUCUUGAUUAAAAAGAAUAAUAUAAUAUUGAUUUGGUUUUAAUUUGUUCAUUUGAGGUGGUUAAUUAAAGCAAAUCAUUGAUAAGGGAGUGUGCUGAGAUCGAGCUCUGGCUGCAGGGGACUGUCAGGCCUUGGUGGCUGUGAGUUCAUGUUCUUCUCACUGGGAAAUUGGAAAUAGUUAUUAAUUAGAUUGCAGAAAUGUUUUCUAAAACCUUUUCCCUUCUUUCUGCCUUUUGCUGAUAGGUCUUCUCUUUCUGCCUUUGAAUGUACAGCUGUUCCUUGGUGUGGAUUCACUGGCCUGAAUUCCUUGCAGCUCCCAGCUGGGAAAACCUGGGAUAACCUAGAGAGGACAGAGGUGACAUUUUUAUCUGAAAACCUGGGGUAAUUUAUAAGGGAUACAGCAACUGUUUUUGUAGGAAAGUGUGUUUAACCACAUUGGCCCUGGUUGUGUUUGCACCAGCUGGGGCCCGAGGUGCAAGGCAAUCCAAAGCAAACCCUGCUCAGCCUCUGAAUCCCAGGGUAAAUUCUGCAAGCUGCUAAUUGAGGGACUAAAAAUACAUUAAAAUGGAACCAAGAGCACUAAGAAGGUGCCUGGGAAUCCCAGUAUUGUUGUCCUAGAAUUUUGAACAGGUUUUCAAGCUUUUUAAGACAACAAUGGCUUUCUUCCUUUAGAUGAGUCUCUCGGUAAGAUUUGGGGUUUAUUCGAAUCCCUCCCGGUGGCCCUGACACUGAUCAGGAGCUGGCAGGACAGACUCAGAGCUCCUGGCAGGUACAGGGGUUUCCCCCAGAGUGGUUCCAAGUGCUGCCCACCAGCCCGGACAGGUGGGAUCUGCUUUGGCUCCUGUCUGAGGAGCUGCAGGCAGCCCUUUCUCCGUGCCCACCCCAGUGCCCGUGGCUGGGUUCCCACCCCUCGGAUGUGAAUUUUGCAGAUGAGCCGUGCCUGGGGGACAAAUCCAUCUUCUGCCCGCUGGAAGUGCUGGCCCGGAGCUGCUCCAUCCCUGCUGCCACGAGCUGUGCUGGGUCCUGCGGCUGCGGGUGGGAUUCCCCCAUCUCUGGACGCUCCGGAGCGCCGCGAGCCCCGGCAGGGCAGUGCAGGGCACGGCUCAUCCGUCCCCUGCAAAGAGGAAGCACAAGGAGGGCUGGGUCGCUGCCUGUUGCUCCGUCCUCCUCCCGCCCCGCAUUCCCUGUCCGGCUGGGACCGCACAGGGAGCCCCGAAAACAUUCCUGGUAGGAAGCAGGAGCCGCCGAGGGCUCCAUCCCGCUCCAGACCCGAAAAGCGGCCCCGACCCGGCAUCCCCCCCGCCCCCCGGCAUUUUGGGUUGCAAACGCUCACCUGGAGGAGACGCCCCCCUGCAGGCGGGACCAGACGGCGACCCUCGACCUGUGCCUCGGAGCGAGGGAACCCUCCGGACUCGUUUGGCUCCUUUGUCCCUGGAACGGCCGUCGCGCGAGCACCUCGACAGUCGUUGGGGAAAUCCCGGACGGGGCAGGAAAACCUCCCCGAGCACGGCAAUCCUGAGUUCGUGCCCGUCCCCAGCCGGGCACAGCCCAGCCGGCCGCGCUCCCUCCGGCCCGUGCCUGCGAAGGGCUCGUGCAGCGGAGGGAGAGCUGCA